AUGGACAAGAAUGCCACGAAGCCCACUACUCCUACUGACAAGAGUACUCAACGAACCAGACAAGCCGCCAAGACAUCUGCGUCUACUGCUAAGCCCAUCAAGCCAAGUGCCGAGCAGUCAGUAAAUUCGAAGCCUGCAAAGAUCGCCAGAAAGAGGCCAGCGACUAAUGCGGACACAACCUCGACGACCUCCGCCCCAAAACGUCAACGAAAUUCGUCUUCGUCUUCGUCAUCGUCAUCUUCGUCGACAGAAGAAGCCGGCGAUAUUCCACCUAAGAAAGGACGAGCUUCUGGGACCAUUCUGAAGGAACUCUUAUUGCAAGGAUCCCGAACUCUGCACCUUGCCGCGAGCAAAGUAGACCAGCUCGCCCCUGCGGUAACGACAGCUCCCUGUCCGCAGACAACUGAGCGUCUCCAGCGUAUCGAAGAUCUGGUCAGAGCCUAUCAUUUGGAGAACAUGAAGAGGCACAAGACAACCGAAGGAAAGCUGGACACGCUGAGUCUGAAACUAAACAUACUCACGGAUCGUUUCGAAAAAAUGGAGAAAGAGAUCAAAGAGAGAAUGAACACAGCCAGCCUUGAAAAAGAGCACGCGACAAGUGAAAAUCAUUGGAAUGAUCUUCGUGAUAACCUCAAGGAACUGCGAGGCGCAGUGGACAAUAUCAAUAUCUCACAGCUCUCCCUCGACAUUCGUGCUCUUCAAGGGACGCGUCGAAGAGUUUGGCUCUCGCCUCUCAGAGGGCAACACAGUAACGACAAGUGCCCCCGCGGAGCCCACCCCAGAGGUGGAACGCAUCAGACGUCAGAUGAGCGAGACGGAGAAAGAACUGAAGGAAGUCCGUGA